GCGAGCUCGUCGACGAGGCACCGGACCGUACAGGAAGUGCAUUAUCGUGUACGCGCAUAGGCGAAGAAAAAAGGGGGAAAAAUGUCGACGAUGGCGCAGGAAGUGUUGACGCAAGCCACGAAGGAACUGACGCUGAACGACAAAGUGAAGCGGCUGCCAAAACUAAUGAUCGGCACCAUCGAGUUCAAGUUCGAGGUGGAGCCUCUGGACAAGGACUUCUUGGACAGGGCCGCGAAGGAGCUCCGCGAGACUCCCGAGAACGUCGAACCGGCCCUUCAAAUGCUCCGAGAACUUAUCGAAGCUGAACCCAACUUCUACGUACCUACCUCGAGGGAGUUCCUCCAGAGAUUCUUGCGGCCAUGCAAAUGGUAUCCAAAGAGUGCUUUUGAGUUGAUGAAGCGCUUCUACAAGUUUCGCCAGAGCCACCCGCGCUACUGCGCGAACCUGACACCUUCGAACGAACGAGCGGUGCUGAUGUCUGGAUUACUCUUACCGAUUCCACGUCGUACUGCUGACGGUGUCCGAGUCUUCCUCGUCGAAGGUGGCAAAAAGUGGAAGCCCAAGGAGAUCUCCCUCGACCAGAUAUUCCGUGGCGUCAUACUGUUCCUCGAGGCCGCCAUCGCCGAGCCCAAAUCCCAGGUGGGCGGCGUCCGAGUGAUCCUCGACAUGGAGGGACUCGCGCUCUCCCAGGUGACGUACUUCACGCCGUCCUUCGCCGCGGCGGUCGUCGACUUUGUGCAGAGCUGCUUGCCGUGCCGGCUCAAGGGCAUCCACGUGGUCAACCAGCCUUUCAUUUUCGGCAUGGUCUUCGCCUUUUUCAAGCCGUUCAUGCAGGAAAAAUUGAGGAAAAGGAUACAUUUUCAUGGAUCGGACAGAGAAGGGCUGAUGAAGCACAUCGAGGCCAAAGCCUUGCCCAAAAAAUACGGUGGCGAACUGGACUUUCCCGACCAACCGAUCGGAGAGCCGUUCGUCAACUACAUUGCGUCUUUCGAAGAUAAUUUCAUUGAAACCAACAAAUACGGUUACUCUGCGAAAACGUAAGGAAUACGCGAUGUCAAGGAAAUUUUAGCA